CCACUACCAAAAUUCCUCUUUCCAAGCAUGCCAAGUCCAGAUUGUCGAACAUGCCGUCUACGACGGAUCCGUUGUGAUCGUACAGAGCCGCAUUGUAAGAAAUGCCAGAAGAAGGGGCAUUCUUGCCCGGGAUACGGCAUCCAGUUCCGUUUCGCCAAAGGGAUUGCAAGUCGUGGCCGCUUCAAGGGCGCUGCUUCACCGAGCGAGACGAAAUCUCAAGCAAGUCAAUCAUCUCCAAAGAGUGAACCCGAGAGCGAGGCAUCACAUGCACCCCAUUUCGACGACAUCCCAGAGUCGACGCUGAACCAUCUUAUCAACUACUAUUCCACCAACCUCGCCCCCAUCAACGUCUGGGUCAACACGGUGCAGAACGAGUACACGCGCCUCGUCAUCCCGCUCGCCAAGACGCAGCCAUCCCUGCGGUUCGCCAUCCUCGGCAUCGCCGCGGCGCACCAGGCUGGCGCCUCACCCGAGUUCUCCCAGUCAGCGUGCCGCACGGCCAUGGAACUCAUCACGGAGCGAGUGCGAAGGCUGGCGGCCAUGGACCUGCAGGAAACCCGGUCCUACAUUGAAAAUGACGACGGCAGCCACGAGGCUAUCCUCGCUGCCACCCUCAUCCUGUCCAACCACUCGCUACUGGGUUCUGAUCUGCCGCUUGCUCUCUUUCAUAUCGAAGCCGCGAGGGUUCUGAUCAAGACACUUACAUCCGAAGCCAUGUCCAAGAGGGCCGUGUUCAUGUUUCUCACGAACCAAGUAGCGGCCCUCGACGUGCUAGCAUGCGCCACUCUUUUCAACCCUACCCACAUCAAGGACCCUGUUCUCCCAGAGCUUGGGCGUGGGCCUGUCAUCUUUGGCCACUACCUCCACAUCAUUCACAGUAUUACCAUGUCCUCUAUGCAGCUAGAGGAUGACCCUCCAUCCAUUGCAUCACUCGAAGAGAGGUUUGAGCUUGCCCGAGGCUCAACACUGAUGGCCAUAGGGCGUCUUGAAGCCCUACCCGAUGGGCCACACCGGCACGACGCCAUCCGCCUUGUGCAGGCUUUCCACCAUGCGGGCUUGCUCUACGCCUGCAAGCGUCUCAAUAUCCACGAGGACGAGAACUACCACUCCACCAAGCUGUUCAGAGUAUUCGAGCAAUUCGAGGACAUCAACCUUAGUCUGGCAAACCUUUCGUGGCCCGUCUUCAUGGCAGGGAUAUGUAGCUGCGGCAACCCUGAGCGUAUUCGUAUCAUCAAUGGCCUGUGCAAGACGCUGGUGGACAGUUCCCCUUUUCAGUACUACGCAAAUAUCCCCACGUUUCUCGAGGAGUUGUGGGCCAGGGAUGAUGGAGACUGGACGGCGCUGGCGAAGGAGUGGGAGAACCAGGGGAUGCCCGUAUUAGCAGUAUAA